CCGCCGCUGCCGCCCCUCACGCACCGCCCAGUGUGCUCGGCUGCCCUCGAGGAGCGGCCCCGGGUCUCCCGGGGCCUCGGAGCGGAGCUGCCGCCCGCCGAGAUGAGCGAGGAGGAGGACUAUUACCUGGAGCUGUGCGAGCGGCCGGUGCACUUCGAAAAGGCGAAUCCCGUGAACUGCGUCUUUUUCGAUGAGGCCAACAAGCAGGUUUUUGCCGUCCGAUCUGGUGGGGCUACUGGAGUGGUCGUUAAAGGACCAGAGGAUAGGAAUCCCAUCUCAUUUAGGAUGGAAGACAAAGGGGAAGUGAAAUGUAUCAAGUUCUCCUUGGGAAAUAAAAUAUUGGCUGUUCAAAGAACCUCAAAGACUGUGGAUUUUUUGAACUUUAUCCCUGAUUGUCCUCAACUGGAAUACACACAAGAAUGCAAGACGAAGAAUGCCAACAUACUAGGAUUCUGCUGGACCAGUUCUACUGAAAUAGUCUUCAUAACAGAUCAAGGAAUUGAAUUUUAUCAGGUCUUACCAGAGAAACGAAGCUUGAAACUACUGAAAAGUCAGAAUAUCAAUGUAAAUUGGUACAUGUCUUGUCCUGAGAGUUCAGUCAUUUUGCUGUCUACCACUGUCCUUGGAAAUGUUCUCCAGCCUUUUUAUUUCCGAGCUGGAACUAUGUCGAAGCUAUCCAAGUUUGAAAUUGAAUUGCCAGCAGCACCUAAGUCAACUAAACUCAGCCUUUCUGAAAGAGAUAUUGCAAUGGCUACAAUCUACGGGCAGCUCCAUGUACUCUUCCUGAGGCAUCACUCCCGGACCUCAAACAGUGCUGGUGCAGAGGUCGUGCUUUAUCACCUGCCACGAGAAGGUGUCUGUAAAAAGACCCAUAUUUUGAAGCUGAAUAGAACAGGGAAGUUUGCAUUGAAUGUGGUGGAUAACCUGGUGGUGGUUCAUCAUCAGGAUACAGAGACAUCUGUAAUAUUUGACAUCAAGUUAAGAGGAGAAUUUGAUGGCACAAUUACCCUCCAUCACCCUGUACUUCCAGCUCGAUCAAUACAGCCCUAUCAGAUUCCUAUGGCAGGUCCUGCUUCUGUGACCAGCCAGUCUCCUGUUCCCUGUAAACUCUAUUCAUCAUCCUGGAUCGUCUUUCAGCCUGACAUCAUCAUCAGUGCAAGUCAAGGUUACCUCUGGACUCUUCAGGUAAAACUUCAGCCUGUAGUAAAUCUCUUGCUAGAUAAAGGAAGGCUGAUGGACUUUCUUCUCCAGAGAAAGGACUGCAAGAUGGUCAUUUUGUCUGUCUGUUCACAGAUGUUAAGUGAAUCAGACAGAGGAACGUUGCCUGUGAUUGCCACUGUUUUUGAUAAACUCAAUCAUGAGUAUAAAAAGUAUUUGGAAGCUGAGCAGAGUUACACUAUGGUAAGUAGUGGAAACGGGCAGAGCCGAAGCAAUCCCCUUCUGAAAAGACCUGUUCGGACCCAAGCUGUCAUUGAUCAGUCUGAUAUGUACACUCAUGUUCUCUCGGUAUUCACAGAAAAGAAGGAGAUACCGCAUAAGUUUGUGAUAGCAGUCCUGAUGGAAUAUAUUCGCUCUCUCAACCAGUUUCAGAUCCCUGUUCAGCAUUACCUACAUGAACUUGUCAUCAAGACACUUGUUCAGCACAACCUCUUUUACAUGCUCCAUCAGUUCCUGCAGUACCAUGUCCUCAGUGACUCAAAGCCUUUGGCUUGUCUGUUGUUGUCCCUAGAGAGUAUUUAUCCCCCUGCUCAUCAGUUGUCUCUGGACAUGCUAAAGAGGCUUUCCACGGCCAAUGAUGAAAUAGUAGAAGUUCUUCUUUCUAAGCACCAGGUGUUAGCUGCCCUAAGGUUUAUCCGAGGUAUUGGGGGACAUGACAGCAUCUCUGCUCGAAAGUUUCUGGAUGCUGCAAAACAAACUGAAGAUAACAUGCUUUUCUAUACCAUAUUCCGCUUUUUUGAACAACGAAAUCAGCGUUUACGAGGGAGCCCACAUUUUACGCCAGGAGAACACUGUGAUGAACAUGUUGCUUUUUUCAAACAGGUUUUCGGAGACCAAGCUCUAAUGAAGCCUACAACUUUUUGAAUUCAUUUGCUAGUUUUUACAAAAAUUGUACAAAGUUAAUUUAUUGCAUUAAUAAAGCUCUUUGAACUACAAAA